GCCACAUUAGAAGUGAUUUCACCACGGAGAGUCAGGGUGCCGGCAGGUGGCCAGGCGCUGGAGACGCGGGAAGCCAAGAUGAGCAUCCUACUCAAGGCAGCCGGGUUGCUGUUCCUGGGGAUGCUUCAAGCCUUCCCAAAGGAUCGACCACUGGACACUACCUGUACCGGAGACCUCAGCUACUACCCCGGGGAAGCUGCCAGGAACUGCUGUUACCAGUGCCCCUCAGGGUUGUCUCCAACACAGCCAUGCCCACAGGGUCCUGCCCACUGCCAGAAGCAGUGUGAUCCUGACUACUACAUCAACGAAGACGGGAAGUGCACAGCCUGCGUGACCUGUUUGGCAGGCCUCGUGGAGAAGGCUCCAUGUUCUGGGAACUCUCCUCGAAUCUGUGAGUGUCAGCCCGGCAUGUACUGCUCCACGCCAGCUGUCAAUUCCUGUGCCCGCUGUUCUGAAGAGAAGGUUGUCAAGUUCCCAGACACAGCAGAAAAGAACACUAUCUGUGAGCUGCCCUCCCCAGGAUCUGGCCCCAAUGGCUCCAAUCCAGACGACUGCAAAACACUUACUAGCCAUACCACUCCUCAGGCCAUACCUACUCUAGAAUCUCCAGCCAAUGACAGUGCGAGGAGCUUGCUGCCAAAACAGGUCACGGACUUUGUGAACGAAGGUGCUACUAAGCUGGUGAAGGUUCCUGAGUCUUCCUCUUCCAAGGCAAGCAGGCCCAGUCCAGAUCCAGGUAAUGCAGAGAUGAAUAUGACCUUGAAGCUUCCAGCUCCAGGGACAGUCCCUGACAUCAGUACUUCAGAAAACAGCAUGGAGCCUGCCAGUACUGCCUCCACCCUAAGCCUCUUGGUAGAUGCCCGGACCAGCAGCAGGAUGCAGCCUACAUCUCCCUUGUCCACAGGAACACCGUUUCUGGAUCCAGGGUCCAUGCUCUUCUGGGUGGCCAUGGUGGUGCUGCUGGUUGGCUCUGCCUCCUUCCUCCUGUGUUACUGGAAGGCCUGCAGGAGGCGGUUCCAGCAGAAGUUUCACCUGAACUAUCUAGAGCAGACCUUCCAGCCCAAGAUGGAGCAGACAGAUUCCUGUCCUACUGAAAAGCUAACUCAGCUGCAGAGAAGUGGGUCAGUGACCGAUCCCAGCGCUGGACACAAGUUGAGCCCCGUGAGCCCUCCAGCUGUAGAGACUGGUGCCAGUGUUGGAACCGCCUGCCUGGAGACCCUGCCGCUGCUGGAUGACAGCAUAGCUGGGAACUCUUUUGCUCCCAGAGAACCUCCAGAGCCGCGGGUAUCCACCGAACACACCAACAACAGGAUUGAGAAAAUCUACAUCAUGAAGGCUGACACAGUGAUUGUGGGCUCAGUAAAAACUGAAGUCCCUGAGGGCCGGGCUCCGGCAGGGUCUACGGAGUCUGAGUCGGAAGCUGAACUAGAAGUGGACCAUACCCCCCAUUACCCGGAGCAGGAGACAGAGCCACCUCUGGGCAGCUGCACGGAGGUCAUGUUCUCCGUGGAAGAAGGAGGAAAAGAAGACCAUGAGCCCACCACUGUCUCUGAGAAGUAACACCCAAUGGUAGCGGGGGCUAGAGUACAGCUGAGUGUUCACUUUGAGAUCAGGUUAAUACCUGGGAAGCUACCACGGCUUGAACUGAAGCCCCGGCAUCCAGGGGAGCCCAGAAUGAAGCCUUCAGCUGCUACCAAGAACACUGGCCCCUGGACCCCAGCAGUGGGCACUCACCAUCAGGCUGUUGUCUACUGGGGCAGAAGCUACAGGUUGGGUUCCAAGCCUCCUUGCCCACACCCCUGUGCCCUGCCUUCUCUCCUUGGGUCUCAAGUGAUGGCUUUACUGACAUGCUACCAGCCUUCAGCUGUACACAUGGCUCCCUGGAACAGAACCAACACCUAAUUGCUUCUACUCUUGAGGAAGAAGGAAGUUAAAGGAUGAAUGCUCAUCAUCACUGGCACAAUGAUAGCCUGUGCCCAUCACACAGGGAGGGCGAAAUGAGACCCUUCUGGCAUGGCCUCCCUGUUCUGUGGACUCCCUCAGCAGCUGCAGUAAUCCCACCCACUAAAUGAUGCUGGAGACUCUACUUUGCCCCAGGACUUCCUGUCAUGUGGUGUUGGGAGUACUGUAGUCCUGGCCGUCCUUAACACAGUGUGCCUCUAUUUGUUCUGCCCUGGAAAUGAAGAAGCAUUGUCCCUAAGCCACCAGGAUCAGGCCUGACACCUAGGAGGUUGGAGCCUAUCUUUGAAGGCACCCUGCUGCUCACGCUGCUUGUCGUACCCUGCGCCCACUCUGAGGAGGCCGUGCUGCUGAACUUACCUGAAGUUCCGCUUUUAAUGUUUUGUUUUGUUUUUUUCCUUUCGAGGUACUGAGAAUUGAACCCAUGGCCUUGUGCAUGCCAGGAAAAGGUUGCAGGGCUGAUCAACCCCAGCCUAGCAUUUCAUACUAAGCACUAAAGCUGCUGUCACUCCCAGCCUGGCUCGCUCCCUGGCACCUGCGUACUCUUGAAACAAACGAGCAGCCAACUGGAUGACACAUCUGCUCUGUGGCAGCCAGGGGACUCUGGACUUACCCUUGGGCCAGGCAGGGAGAAUUCUGUUUACUCACUAGCUGUUUGCUGUGUGGAGGAAGUUGGGACCCUGUCAAGAAUCACGAGGGGAGUUUCUGAAACUGCUUGAAUCUAUGGGGAAAAGUUGGAGUGGCUGAGUACCACCAGAGGCGUUAAAUCACAGUCUAGAUACUAGCCAGAAGGGAUGUGUGGGGGCUGGAUAGUUGCCCAUUUGUCUUGUGCAAGGACACAGUAGAUAUGUGGGCAUGCAUAGUGAUCCCAAAGCCAUGUCACAAUGACCACAUGGAUGCCACACUUUUGGAAGAUAUUGCCCAACUUUUUCUUCUUCUUCUUCUUUUUCUAAAAUAAGAUCUUGUUCUAUAUCCUAGGAUAGAUUCGAACUUGAUAUGGCUGACCCUGAACCUGUGACCCUCCUAUCUUAACUUCCCAAGGAAGGACAGGCUUCAGCCACUAUGCCAGACUGCCACACAUUUCAACGAAGUGACAUAUUCCCUUGCAAAAGUAGCCCUUCACACAAUUUUUUGACCCUCUAAAAACCCCCUACAGACCUGUAAAAAUUAAUGGAUUUGUGAGGCCGAAAACUGAUCAGAGAGAUGAGUUGUGGGAGGCCCUGAACACAAAGACUGUCAGGGGUCUGGUCUAUUCUCUCUAGACAGGGCUGUUCUCUCUGUGCAAGGCACCCACAGCCAAGGGCAGGAGCCCAUGACCAGCUGUGUGCCCAUUAAAUCUCUCCUUGUCCAUCCGGGCAGUCCCUUCUUCCCUGUUCAAGGCCUGCCCUCCAAGGAUGCUGGGAAUAAAGGAUCUCUGCUCAC